AUGAAACUCCCUACCAAAUUUGAAUUUUGGUAUCAAAUCAAAGCGAUGACCAUCAGAAAUGCACUCAUCAAGCGAAGGGAAAUGAAGAAAACCCUCUCCGAAAUCGCGAUACCUAUUUACACACUGGCUCUGCUAGUGGCCAUUAAGCUGUUGAUGUCGAAUCCAAAUUUUCCGCCUGUAACAACACCUCAAGAAUCACCCGACAUGUAUAAUUACUUGUACGGAAAUAUCACUGUAGCGCCGGCAACAACAUCCGUCAAAGAAUUUUUAGCGAAAAUGAAUACACUGUGGAUGAACCGAACGGGAGAUGUAUUAAACUUUACUAUGUACAACGAUAAAAAAGAUAUUUUUGAAGUACAGAGAAAUAAUCCUGAAUCGGUUUACAUAGCAUUGCUGUUUGACUACCUCGAAAUCCAAAAUAACUCAAUCGGCUACGAAAUCCAUACGAAUCCGUUCUACGACUCAUCACCGUCGCCAUCAAAAUUAUACGGCUAUAGUCACCAUUGUCGCGUUAUAUCUGCUAAUAAGUUCACCAAGCGAUUUCUUCACAGACACCACCACAACAACGAACAAGAAGACGAAUCGUCGUGUCCAGCAAUUCAUUACAUAUAUUCAGGGUUUUUGGCUUUACAGACACUCGUUGAUACUACAGCGAUAUCUAUGGUGUCUAAUAAAACCGAGAAAUUACCUAAUUAUCGUUUCAUUUUGUUUCCCAAGCCGGCUUACACAGCAAGUUGGCUAUCAGUAUUCCGCAUGGCCAUUCCUCUUUAUGUGGUCAUCGCCCUGUCGCAGUUCAUCACUUAUCUUCUUGUACAGCUGGUCGGAGAAAAGGAAAUGAAAAUAAAAGAGGGAAUGAAAAUAAUGGGCCUGAGGGAAUUGGUUUUUUGGUGCUCGUGGUUCAACGUUUACGCUGUUUACGCUUUCACCUUGUCGUUUUGCAGCACAGCCAUACUAUACAUGUUGGGGAUUUUCAAUAACACUUGUUGGUUCUUAAUAUUUCUUUUGAUUCUACUGUACUCGAUAACGGUGAUUUUGUUCAGCUUCAUGAUCACUCCAUUUUUCAACAAGUCUAGAACAGCUGGAAUACUUGGAAACUUCGCGUUAAACUUGGUUAGUCUUUUAUACUUCUUGCAAAACGUGAUCAGUUCUACCAAUGAAAACAUUUUAUGGAUGCUCUCGUUAUUAAGUCCGUCUGGAUUUGCAAUGGCAAUCGACAAGGCUAUGACAAUGGAUCUUGACGGGAAGGGGCUGAAAUUCAAUAAUAUUUGGGCAGGACCUGGAAUCCCUUUUGGUGGCUUUCUUUUAAUGAUGGUCGUCGACGCAUUGAUUUAUGCAUUUUUGGCGUACUAUUUCACUAUGGUCGUGCCCAGCGAGUAUGGCCGUAAACGUUCACUGUUGUUUUUUUUCAAACAAUCGUACUGGUGUUCCAAACCACCAAAGUCAAUGGAGUUUGAUGAGAUUAACAGAUAUGCGGUAUCAAAUCCAGACUUCGAACCCGUACCGUGUUCAAUGAGAGAUCACACAGCAAUACAAAUAACCAAUCUCUGUAAAUCGUACAAAGGCUCGACAAAAAACAUAUUAAACGGCAUACAUAUGAACAUAUACGAAGGAGAAAUAACUGCAAUACUGGGUCAUAAUGGGGCUGGAAAAACAACGUUGUUUAACAUACUAACCGGACUUACAGAGCCGACGUCGGGUACAAUCAAAGUCUUUGGUUAUGACGUUCGAAAGCCUGAGCACAUCACACAAAUCAGGAGAACAAUUGGAGUGUGUCCGCAAUACGAUAUACUGUUCGAACGACUUACCCCUAAAGAGCACUUGCAAUUUUUUGCUGUUCUUAGAGGAGUGUUGUCGGACAAAGUUGAGGGAGAAGUACAACAAAUGCUUCAAGAACUGCAUUUAACAGACAAGGCUGAUAGUAUGGCGAAAACAUUGAGUGGAGGACAAAAACGUAAACUGUCAGUGGGCAUAGCGUUGAUCGGCAAUCCGAAAAUCAUUAUAUUGGAUGAACCCACUGCUGGCGUUGAUCCUCCGGCACGGCGACACUUAUGGUCCAUGCUCCAGAAAAGAAAAAAAGGAAAAGUGAUAUUGUUGACAACACAUUUCAUGGACGAGGCUGAUAUUUUGGCUAACCGCAUUGCCGUUAUUUCAAAAGGAUCUGUUAGAUGUUGCGGGUCAUCUAUUUUUCUUAAAAAUAAGUUUGGAAUCGGAUAUCAUUUGACACUGAUACUCAAUAACGAAGCAAAAGAAAAUUCAAUUAUACAAUUGAUUAAAGAAUAUAUACCGAACGCAGAACGAGCUCGACGUCACGGUCACGAGUUGUCUUUCAUUCUGCCACACGAUAGCGUUGGCAAGUUUCAUCUUCUGUUCAGGCAGAUCGAGACGGAAAUCAAAUGCAAUAACGGUUAUUUGGGUAUAGACAACUAUGGCGUAUCGAUGACUACACUGGAAGAGGUGUUUCUCUUCUUAGAACAGGGCGAACACCCUAAUGCGGGAAAACUGGCGUUCGAGUUAUUGAAACGCCAGUCUAUGACACCUAGCUCGAGUCGGAGUUCGAUUGGCUCUGUAACCCAAGCCGUCGGUUCAAGAUCAAGUACCGUUUACGAUUCCACCAAGUGGUCGACCACGGUGACUUUGCUAAAGAUGCGUGCAAAGAGAGUGAUACGAGAUAUUCACAAGCUUUAUGUCAUGGUAUUGUUACCGGUCGUGUUUUUGGCCACAGGAAUUAUAUUGAAUAAAUUAAGCCACGAAAACCAGCCAUUAAAAAGUUUAAUUUUAGACGAAGCCGUAUAUAAAAAUGAAAGCCGACUAAUUGUAUUAUCAGAAGAGUUUGAUAACUUCACCACGCUCAAAACUGAUUUGUACUCGGGCUCGUUCGCUGGUUUACUGGAACUAUCUCCCCAUCUAGGAGCAAUAUUACCAUACAAUAACUGCUGUCCUCUCACCACUCUUUCGAUAUACUAUAACGAUUCAUUUAUACAUUCAUUGCCAAUAAUCCUAAACUCAAUAUCUAGCACACAAAUCGGUGGUAAAAUCUAUGUGAAAACAGAGCCAUUUAAAACCGAAUACAAACAGAACGAAUUCAACUUCAGUAGAUGCUCGUCUGCGUUUUUCUUAGGAAUAGUUUUUGUAUUAGUUCCCGUGAGCUUGUCGUCUGAUUUAGUCUAUGACCGAGAGAUUAAAGCUAAAAACCAACUUCGAAUCAACGGCGUGACGUUUACGGAAUAUUUCACUUCUUAUUUUCUACUUUUGACGUUCAUGUUGCUCGUCAUCUUCUUUAUACUCUUGUCGCUUAUUGGGAUUUUGCGCGUCGAAGGCUUAGACACUGUCCCGGCUUUGUAUACCUUGGCAAUACUGUUAUUGGCCUAUUGUCCUACCGCAGUGCUGGCUACCGCCUGUCUAUCGUACUGCUUCGAUAAAACCGAUUCGGUCCAAUGCGUGUUGCCCAACAUCACGUCCCUGGUCGGCGGUGUGCCGUUCAUAGUUGUGGCUUCUCUGGACAUGUUGGGAGUGGCUAAGAACAUGGCCUUUGCCCUGCACGUGCUGUUCUCCUCCACCAAUUUCGUGUAUGUUCCGUUUUCCAUUGUGUACUUCGUAAACAGCGUGUACCGCGAAAACGACGAGCACGCGCCGUUCAUCAAAUAUGUCAACAAGGAAACGGUGGCGUUGCUGAUGGGCUGCAUAGGCCAGUUGCCGGUGUUGUCGGUAGUAUUGUUGUUUUUGGACUCGGCCGCCAAAAAGCCAAGGGACACUAGGCCCACGAUAGACUUACAAGACGACGGCGAUGACGACGUAAAAGCCGAACGCAGAAAAGUCAACGACAUUGUGAACGAACAAGCAGACUGGCCGGUGAUCGCCAUUCAGAACUUGAGAAAAGAAUACUUGAAUGCAAACACGGAAUCGAAUACAAACUGUCUCGUUCAAAAAUGCUCCGAUAAUAGAGACGAAAGGAGCGUAGCCAUUCGACAUUUAUCAGUGACUGUAGGUACAGGCGAAGUGCUUGGAUUAUUGGGCCACAAUGGAGCCGGUAAGACUUCAACGAUGAAAAUCAUUACUACAGAAGAAAGAGAAACGUCGGGAAAGGUAUACUUGAAGGGACAUGACAUUAGAGAGUCCACCGAUGUCGCUUGUAAAAUGAUCGGUUACUGUCCCCAACACGAUGCUUUAUGGAGCACACUGACAGUAAGAGAACACUUGGAGAUAUACGCCGCUAUCCGAGGAAUAUCCAAAGAUCAAAUUCAAAACAUUGUCGAUAAAUAUAUAAACGGCCUUCAAAUAGCCGAGCAUGAGCACAAACAAGUCGGUCAUUGUUCGGGAGGAACGAGACGGAAAUUGAGUUUUGCGCUAGCUAUGAUUGGAAACCCGAAGCUGGUGCUUCUCGACGAACCCAGCACCGGGAUGGAUCCCAGGUCCAAAAGGUAUUUGUGGGACGCCAUUAUUGGCAGUUGUCAAGGUUCCAAAGGCGCCAUACUCACUACUCAUUCGAUGGAAGAAGCUGACGCGUUGUGUUCCAAAGUCGGAAUAAUGGUAAAAGGCCAACUCAGGUGUUUGGGUUCGACGCAGUAUCUGAAAAACCUGUACGGCGCCGGUUAUACUUUGGAAAUUCGAUUGAAACCUCAUGGCGACGUGGACGAUGUAAAACAUUUCGUAAUGUCAUCCUUUCCAAACGCCGUACCAGAAGAAGAGUUUGCCGAUCGGUUGGUUUUUGGAGUGCCACAGUCGACAGUAGAAUCGUUGGCUCAUUGUUUCUUGUGCCUAGAAAACGCAAAAAACACCUACGAUAUACAAGAAUACAGUUUCAGUCAGACGACGUUGGAACAAGUGUACUUGAAGUUUGCACAUUACGAUGACUCGGAAAGUGGCAAAACAAAUGUAGUACAAACUUAGUGGUAGACAAUAAUUUAUUCACACGUGUUAAGUUGAAUAACUCUCAAUUGUAAAUGCGUCAUAACAUAUAAUAUCAAGGUCCCAAGGGACAUGUUAUUUCCCAUGAAUUUCAUUAGCACUAAUUUAACUCUAUACGUUUAGACACCUUUAUUAUAAUAUCUAGUUAGACUGAAAAAAUUUAUAGUAGAC